UUUAAAAUCCAAAUUGAAAUUGAGUGAGAAACAGAUCAGACAUGAUGUGGAGAGAGACAACAUUGUUGGUGGUACUGCUGCUUCUAAUCCACAGAAGUCAUGCUCGUUGUCUUCCUUCUUCCUGCGGCAACAUCACCCACGUCUCUUAUCCAUUUCGAUUACAAGCCGACCCAGAGAAGUGUGGUAACAAAAGGUAUGAGCUUGUUUGUGAGAACAAUGUUACGGUGUUGUAUCUGCACUCUGCAAAAUACCAUGUUCAGGCAAUCAACUACAACAACUACACCGUGAGAGUGGUUGACCCUGCAAUUCAACACCACAAUUGCUCCUCCCUUCCUCUGCGUUCUCUCUCUCGCUCCAAUUUCUCUGAUACUUACGAUGACUACACGGAUCCAUACCAAGCCGGUCUAAGAGCAUAUGGUAAUUGGAAAGCUCUGAGUUUCGAGCAUACAGUGUUUCUGAACUGUAACCAUUCAUUGAGAGGGAAUGGGAAGUAUGUGGAAACAGAAAAGUGCGUGAAGUGGGACUCAAAGGGAUAUGCAUAUGCUGUUGGUGGUGAUCUAAAAGCAGAGGACUUUGAAGUUGGCUGUGACGUAAAGCUUGUUGCUCCAACGUCUUUGUGGAGUUUCAAUAAUCAUUCCUACGCUUCCAUGCACAGGGCAUUGGCUUAUGGAUUUGAGAUUUCAUGGGUACAACUCGUCUGCGAGAAUCAUUGUCGACUCUCACCAAGCGAUUGCUAUUUCGACUAUUCUAGGCGGAAGCUUAAAUGCUCCUUUGGUAUACUGCAAGUGCUGAUACUGCAAGCAUCAAGAAUUUCCCAAAUUUUUAUCAUGGCGUGGGCUUGCAAAAUUGUGUUUGGGGUGCCACUGAUUGUUGCACUUGUCAUUUGUAAAUGGAGGAAAAGACAUGCAUCAAUGUUUGAAAAUAUUGAAAAUUACCUUGAACAAAAUAGUUUGGCACCUAUUAGAUACUCAUACAAGGAAAUCAAGAAAAUGACAGGAAGUUUCAAAGAAAAGUUAGGUGAAGGAGCAUUUGGCUCUGUGUUUAAGGCAAAGCUGCGUAGUGGACCUUUUGUAGCAAUUAAAAUGUUAGGCAAAUCCAAAGGAAAUGGACAAGAUUUUAUCAAUGAAGUUGCAACCAUUGGAAGAAUACAUCAUCAAAAUGUGGUACAAUUAAUUGGAUUUUGUGUUAGUGGGUCAAAACGUGCUCUUGUGUAUGAAUUCAUGUCUAAUGGAUCUCUUGAUAAAAUUAUAUUUUCAAAAGAAGGAAGUGAACAAUUAAGCUAUGAAAAGAUAUAUGAUAUAUCAGUUGGAGUGGCUCGUGGGAUUGCUUAUCUUCAUCAUGGAUGUGAGAUGCAAAUUUUACAUUUUGAUAUCAAACCCCAUAAUAUCUUAUUAGAUGAAAACUUUAUUCCAAAGAUUUUUGACUUUGGAUUAGCAAAGUUACAUCCAAUAGAAAAUAGCAUUGUGACAAUGACUGCAGCAAGAGGAACCAUUGGAUAUAUGGCUCCGGAGUUGUUUUACAAAAAUAUUGGAGGAGUAUCCCAUAAGGCUGAUGUUUAUAGCUUUGGAAUGUUUUUGAUGGAAAUGGCAAGCAAGAGGAAGAACCUAAAUCCACAUGCAGAGCGAUCAAGUCAAAUGUACUUUCCAUUUUGGAUCUAUGAUCAUAUUAGAGAAGAAGAAAAUAUAGAUAUACAGGAUUUGACUGAAGAGGAAAAGAAAAUAGCAAAGAAGAUGAUCAUAGUUGCACUUUGGUGUAUACAAUUGAAACCAAGUAAUCGUCCCUCAAUGAAUAAAGUAGUAAAAAUGUUGGAAGGAAAUAUUGAAGACUUGGAAAUACCUCCAGAACCUACUCUAUAUCCUGAUGAAAUGAGUACAAAUGAUCAAACAAUAAAUUCAGCAUCCACGACACAUUCUCUUAACUAUUUCAUGUAAAGUGCAAGUAUGCAACUAAUUCGUUAUUGAAGCAUUCUAUUUGAAAAUGCAUAAUAAAGUUGAUAAUCUUGAUAAAUACUUAGUAUUUAUGCUUAUUAACCAUUAUUAUUUGCCUUUA